AUGUUCCCCUUCACCGACCGAGUUGUUCCACCGUCAAAAUGUUUUCCGAUUUCCGAUCGUCCUUCCCUUUCGCAACAAUCUGAAUUACGAAUUCGGUUAUGGACCCAAUUUUUUACUUUCUCCAAUGUGUGCCAUUGGUGGUUUGGCCGACGGCUUUAUAGUUUCAUUCCCGACUCCUUCAAUCAUAACCUCCACCGUGUAUUAGUCUGUCUUAAUUUGUGGUUAAAAGUCGUCUGCUUCAGUCGUCUGCUAUCUUCACGAUUGACGAUGCCAUCAAAAGCUUCGCCGCCUCCGGCAACGACGCCGACCUCCGGUUACAGUCAUGUUGCAGCUCUGUAUGAUGAUAAAUUGCUUCUUGUGUUUGGAAGAACUUCAAAGUCUAAAUCUUUGAAUGAUUUGUACUCACUUGACUUUGAGACGGUGAUGUGGUCAAGAAUCAAAUGGUACAUUGUAGGAAGUGGCAGCAGAAAAAAAAACGACAAUGCAGCUUCUUUGAGGACUCAACAUGAUCAGCACAAAGGCGUUGUGGAAAAUCUGGUGAAUAACACUCGGAUUCUAGAAAGCACGAUACAAGAUGCUAAGUCAAAGAAAGAUAAUCUCAAAGCACGUGCACAAUCAGCAAAAACUGCAACAAAAGUAAGUGAAAUGUUGGUCAAUGUGAAUACAAGCAGUGCUCUUUCAGCAUUUGAGAAGAUGGAAGAAAAAGUUAUGACCAUGGAGUCUCAAGCAGAAGCGCUUAAUCAGCUAACAAGUGAUGAUCUCGAAGGAAAGGUAAAUUUUCUUUUUUUCUCUGUUAAUUCCAUGCAAUAUGGAUAUUCAUUUGUGUUUUACUUCGGCUAUGGUGUGUUUGACCCUCUUCAGAAGUUGGCUUCAGUUGGAGCUGAUACAGAUAAAGAUAUAAUUGAAUUUCUCAUGUCUGAAGUGGAGGCUAAAGACAUCACAUACUAG